AUGCUCGAACCUGUCUGGAGGAGGAAGAGGAUGGACGUGCUGCUCCAAAGGACGUGGGCCGGGCUGCUCCUGUUGGUCAUGGUCUGUGACGUAUGCCUGUGCCAAAAAACCAGAAUUAAUCGCUGCGUGGCCUCCAGAGCAAGAAGCUGCACAGAGUGUAUCCGAGUGAGCAAGGACUGCUCCUACUGCACGGACGAGACCUUCAAAGAAUCCCGCUGUGACCUGAGAGACAACUUGGUGAGCUAUGGCUGCAGCGGGGCCAGCAUUGUGUACGUGAGAGGAGAGAUGCUGGUGCAGCAGAAUUUUAGCAUCGACACGUCUCUGAAGAAAACCCAGGUGUCCCCACAGCGGAUGUUCAUGCGGCUGAGAGCUGGGGAGGAGGCCAGCUUCAACAUGGACGUCUUCCAGCCCCUCGAGAGCCCUGUGGAUCUCUACAUCCUCAUGGACUUCUCCUACUCCAUGUCUGAUGACUUGAACAACCUCAAAGAGAUGGGCCAGAAGCUAGCGGGAUUCCUGCAAGACCUGACCUCCAAUUAUACCAUCGGAUUUGGCAAGUUUGUGGACAAAGUCUCGGCUCCACAAACAGACAUGAGACCUGAGAAGCUGCGAGAGCCCUGGAGGGAUGCCGACUCGCCCUUCUCCUUCAAGAACGUCAUCCGCCUGACCAGCAACAUCCAUCAUUUCAGCCAGGAGCUGAUGAAAGAGCGCAUCUCCGGCAACCUGGACGCCCCGGAGGGGGGCUUUGAUGCCAUCCUGCAGACGGCUGUUUGCAAGGAGAAAAUCGGCUGGCGGACUGACAGCACUCACCUGCUGGUGUUCUCCACCGAGUCCGCCUUCCACUAUGAAGCUGACGGCACCAACGUCCUGUCAGGGAUCCUGCCGAGGAAUGAUGAGCAGUGUCACCUGAACCGAGCGGGCACCUACACCUACGACACCAAGCAGGACUAUCCCUCCGUGCCCACCCUGGUGCGCCUGCUGGGCCAGCACAACAUCAUCCCGAUCUUCGCCGUCACCAACCACUCCUACAGCUACUACGAGAAGCUGCACAAGUAUUUCCCCAUCUCGGAAAUCGGGGUGCUGCAGGAAGACUCCUCCAAUAUCGUGGAGCUGAUUCGCAUGGCUUUCGAGCGUAUCCGUUCCAAGAUGGACAUCCGGGCUGACUCAGUCCCUAAGUCCAUGAAGACAGAAUUUACCUCCUUGAAAUAUAAAAAGACAGAGUCUGGGUCGUUCCAUGUCACCCGAGGGGAAGUGGGCAGCUUCAAGGUGCGCGUGAAAGCGCAUGAGUACGUGGGCGGGGAGCACGUCUGCAACCUCCCCAAGAAAGAGCAGCAGGGGGUAAUCCAUGUGAAACCCUCCUCUUUGAGUGACAGCCUGAAAAUUGACGCCUCCGUCAUCUGUGAUGUCUGCCCCUGCGAACAGCAAAAGAUGGUUAGAUCGGCCAUGUGCAGUUCCAACGGGGACUUAGUCUGUGGGCAGUGCGUCUGCUACCCGGGCUGGCGAGGGGACAUGUGUGACUGUUCCACAGCCUCUUCCAGUGACAACCAGGCCUGCAUCCGCCCUGGAGACUCAGAGCCCUGCUCGGGGCGGGGCGAGUGCCUCUGUGGGAAAUGCCAGUGCUAUUCUGAGGACCUGACCCAGCGCUACGAGGGUGACUUCUGCCAGUUUGACAACUUACAGUGCCCACGCACCUCCGGCUUCCUCUGCAAUGAUCGUGGUCGCUGCUACAUGGGUCAGUGUGCAUGUGAAAGUGGCUGGGGGGGCCCUGGCUGUGAAUGCCCCACAAGCAAUGACACCUGCAUCGACAGCAAAGGGGGGAUCUGCAAUGGCCGUGGGAGAUGUGAAUGCGGCAGGUGCAUCUGCGACAAGCCUUCUCGGUUCACUGACCUCACCUGUGAAAUCAGCUACUCCCUGGGCGUGCUGGGGGUUUGCGAAGACAUUCGAAGCUGCGUCCAGUGCCAGGCCUGGGGGACCGGGGAGAAGAAGGGGCAGAAAUGCCAGGACUGCUCUUUCAAGAUCCAGAUGGUGGAUGAACUGCAAAAAGCGAAGGAGGUGAACGAGUACUGCUCGUUCCAGGACGAGGAGGACGACUGCACGUACCGCUACACCCUGGAAGGGGAUCCCGGCACACUACACAACAACACCAUCCUGAUGCAGAAGAAGAAAGAGUGCCCACCAGGAAGCUUCCUGUGGCUCAUCCCCCUGCUCAUUUUCCUGAUGUUACUCCUGGGCUUGCUGCUGCUGCUCUGCUGGAAGUACUGCGCUUGUUGCAAGGCUUGCCUGGCCCUGCUGCCCUGCUGUGCACGAGGCCGCACUGUCGGGUUCAAAGAGGAUCACUACAUGCUGCGGCAGAGCCUCAUGGCUUCGGACCACCUGGACACCCCCAUGGUGCGCAGCGGCUCCCUGAAGGGCAGGGACACCAUCCGCUGGAAGAUCAACAACAAUGUCCACAAGCCGGGCUUCUCCUCCCACACCACCACAAACCCCAAGGAGCUGAUUCCUUACGGCAUCUCGCUGAGACUGGCCCGGCUUUUCACCCAGAACCUCAUGAAACCGGACAGCCGGGAAUGUGAGCAGCUGUGCAAGGAGGUGGAGGAGAACCUGAAUGAUGUUUACAAGCACAUUUCCGGAGUCCACAAACUCCAGCAGACCAAGUUCAGGUUGCAGCCCAAUGCCGGGAAAAGGCAGGACCACACGAUUGUGGACACAGUGCUCACCGCUCCCCUUUCGGCCAAGACGGAGAUCGUGAAAGUGACGGAGAAACACGUGUCUCAGGAGGCUUUCAAUGAGCUGAAGGUGACGCCGGGUUACUAUACCGUGACCUCUGACCAAGAUGCCCACGGGAUGGUGGAGUUCCAGGAAGGUGUGGAGCUGGUGGACGUCCGGGUCCCACUCUUCAUCAGGGAGGAAGACGACGAUGAGAAGCAGUUGCAGGUGGAGGCGAUUGAGGUCCCCAUGGGGACAGCGGCGAUUGGACGCAGGCUCGUCAAUAUCACCAUCAUCAAAGAGCAAGCCAGCAGCAUCAUCACCUUUCUGCAGCCAGCCUACUCUCACAGCCGCUUCGACCAGGUGGCCAAAAUCCCUGUGCGUCGGGAGAUCAUGGAAAACGGAAAAUCCCAGAUCACCUACAGAACUCGCGAUCUCACCGCGAAGGAUGGCAAGGACUACAUCUUCGCAGAGGGCGACUUGGUCUUCCAGCCUGGGGAGAUGCAGAAGGAGGUGCAGGUGGCGCUGCUGGAGCUGACCGAGAUCGAUGCCCUUCUGCAGAACCGCCAGCUCAAGCAGUUUGCCGUGGAUCUGCUCAACCCCAAGUACGGCGCCAAGAUCGGCAAAUACCCGCAGACCACGGUGACCAUCACUGACCCAGAGGUUGUGGAUGGCAUACAGAUCCCAAUUGGCCUGGGCCAGUUCCCUCAGUCUCCCAGAGGCAAGCUGGGUGCGCCGCUCAAUCCGAACGCCCAAGCUCUAAGCUCCAGGAAAAUCCGCUUCAACUGGUUACCACCGCCUGGCAAACCCACAGGGUACAAGGUGAAGUACUGGAUCCAAGGGGACCCUGAGUCAGAGGCCAGGCUGAUCAAUUCCACAGUGCCAUCAGCAGAGCUGAAUAACCUAUACCCCUACUGCGACUACGAGAUGCAGGUCUGCGCCUACAGCAACAUGGGCGAGGGGCCCUACUCGGAUAUCACCCUCUGCCGCACCCUGGAGGACGUUCCCAGCGAACCUGGGCGUCUGGCUUUCAACGUCGUCUCUUCCACUGUGACUCAGCUGAGCUGGGCUGAGCCUGCUGAGACCAACGGGGAGAUCACGGCCUACGAAGUCAGCUACGGACUUGUCAAUGAGGACAACGUUCCCUUUGGGCCCAUGAAGAAAGUUCUGGUUGAGGAGGCGAAGAAGCGCAUGGUUCUGAUUGAAAACCUGCGGGAGUCGCAGCCGUACCGCUACACGGUGAAGGCCAAGAAUGGAGCCGGCUGGGGGCCUGAGCGAGAAGCUACAAUCAACCUCGCCACACAGCCCAGGCGCCCAAUGUCCAUUCCCAUCAUCCCCGACAUCCCAAUCAUCGAUGCCGAGGGCGGCGAAGACUACGACAGCUACUUGAUGUACAGCGCGGAUGUGAUGCGCUCCCCGUCCGGCAGCAAGCGCCCCAGCGUCUCCGACGACUCCGAGCAUCUGCCGAAUGGCCGGAUGGAUUUCACCUUCCCCGGCAGUGGGGGCACCCUGAACAGGACCUUGAAUGCUAGCUAUAACCAGCUGACCUCACACAUGCACCAGGAGAGGAGGCUGAUGGGCAGCUCGUCUCUGACCAGAGAUUACAGCACAAUGACCUCAGGAUAUGACCAGCCAGGGAGGAUUCUCCCUUCCAUACAUGAAGAUGCUGGCAGGAUGGCCCUGCUGCCCCAAGACGUAGGUGUCAGGAGCAGGGCAAAGGUGAAGGGUUCCUACGCCAGCAAUGGCUUUCGGGAUUCUAUAAUCAUGACUGAUGGGCCCACUGGGAUUGCCAAGUAUAUAGAUUCCAGAAUGGCCCUGGGCGUCCCUGACACUCCCACCCGCCUGGUGUUCUCUGCGCUGGGGCCCACCUCCCUGAAAGUCAGCUGGCAGGAGCCGCAGUGCGAGAAAGAGGUGCAAGGCUACAGCGUGCAGUACCAGCUCCUCAGUGGAGGAGACGUGUACAGACUGAACAUCCCCAACCCCACUCACAACUCGGUGGUGGUGGACAACCUGCUGCCAAACCACUCCUACAUAUUCAAGGUGAAGGCCCAAAGCGAGGAGGGCUGGGGCCCCGAGAGAGAGGGCGUCAUCACCAUUGAGUCCCAGGUGGACCCGCAGAGCCCGCUGAGUCCUGUACCAGGUUCACCGUUUACACUGAGCACUCCUAGUGCGCCAGGACCCCUGGUGUUCACUGCCCUGAGCCCGGACUCACUUCAGCUCAGCUGGGAGAGACCCCGCAAGCCCAACGGGGCCAUCCUGGGCUACAUGGUCACCUGCGAGAUGCUGCAUGGAGGAGGGGAACCCAGGAAUAUCUAUGUGGAGGGGGACAACCCAGAAACCUCCCUGACCGUGCCCUACCUGAGCGAGAACAUCCCCUACAAGUUCAAAGUGCAAGCCAAGACCACCCAAGGGUUUGGGCCAGAGAGAGAGGGCAUCAUCACCAUUGAGUCUCAAGAUGGAGGAGCUUUCUCACAGUUCGGAGGGCAGCAAUACAUGAGAGAGGAAGUGUACAACCUCCCCGCGGAAUACAACACCACCACCACCAUCAGCCACUCCUCUCUGGAGCCCUACUACACAGAUGGCAUGUUGAUGACCACCCAGCGGGUGGAGAGCAGUGGCACCCUCACCAAGCAGGUCACCAAAGAGUUCGUCAGUAGGACCAUGAUGUCCAGUGGAACACUCACCAAACAGAUGGAGCCACAGUUCUUCGAAGACUGA